AUGGUAGGAGGUGGUGAUCUGGGAAUCCCCCUUUCAAGUCUUUUGCAGCUCCUCAACCUGUCCUCUUUUCUUCUGCCUUGCAGGAAGUCGAAGACGAAGCCAAAUGGAAAGAAGCCUCCAGCAGAAGAGAAGAAGCAGUACUUGGAGCUAGAGUACACAAAAAUCCGAGUGGUGGACUUUGACCUCAAGGAGCUGGUGGUGCUGCCCAGAGAGAUAGACCUCAACGAAUGGCUAGCCAGCAACACGACAACAUUCUUCAACCUUAUCAACCUGCAGUACAGCACCAUCUCAGAGUUCUGCACUGGGGAGACCUGUCAAGCCAUGACGGCCUGCAACACAAUAUACUACUGGUAUGACGAGGGGAAGAAGACGAAGUGCACUGCUCCACAAUAUGUCGACUUUGUAAUGAGUCUUUGUCAGAAACUGGUCACAGAUGAGGAAAUCUUUCCCACAAAAUACGGCAAAGAGUUCCCCAACUCUUUUGAGUCCUUGGUAAAGAAGAUCUGCCGGUACCUGUUCCACGUGCUGGCUCACCUCUACUGGGCGCACUUUAAAGAGACGGUGGCUCUGGACCUGCAGGGCCACUUGAACACUCUGUAUGCACAUUUCAUCGUUUUCGUAAGGGAAUUCAACCUGGUCGACCCCAAGGAGACCUGUAUCAUGGACGACCUGUCCGAAAUCCUCUGCACCCCGGCCCGCCACCCCGCCCCCACCCCGGCCCCGUCCACCCCAGCCUCUGCGCCCUCCCCUUCUUCACAAAACCAUGUGACGGAGAGAUGAGCGGGGGCGGC